AUGCCUUGUUAUGCAGACACUAUUGUAAAGAUUAAAUAUGUUCGUCAAUCUGAAAAUAAGAAUAAUAAGAAUUUAUUGAUUGUACGGGCUGUCGGAAUGUAUCCAAUAGAUUAUGAAGAUAGAGAAGUUGAAAUUGUUUCGUUUGUUCCUCUUAAUCAUUCUGAGAGAGAUCCUGAAAGUCAGGUUGUUUUUGAGAAGAAUAGUUUCUAUUCAAUUAGAGGUAAAAUUGUUCCUGUAUAUUAUGGAGAUGCUAAAAGACCCAAGGCAAUUAUGAUGAUUUAUAUAUCUAGUGGAGUGGGUAUUUUGAAUAGUGCUAUAAAUUUGAAUAAGUGCCCGAUGAAGAUUUCUUUGGUAAGAAUUCCUCAGGAAUUACUGAGGGUGAUUGAUGAUGAGAGCACUGUUUUUGAUGUUUUGGUUAAUGAUUAUGUUGGUCAAGAGGUGAAUUUUGUUGUUAAAAUAGUAUUUGAUUAUUCAAAUUCUCGUCUCACACAUUUUAAAAGUACUAUUCAUCUACAAGAUUCACUUGUAUUUAUUGUUGGUCAAUUGGAAGUUAUUGCAAAUGAUUUUUAUAUCUAUGCAAAAGAUAUUAAUUAUAUUAAUACUCAGUUCUUAUUGAAAAGUAAAAGUUCUGUUGGUAGUAAUUCUUAUAAUCGUUCAGAGAAUGAAAGUGCAGUUAGGUCGAGACUUAUUGCUACUUAUCAUAAUGUUCAAAAUUCUAAAGAGUUUUCUGAAGUUAAAGCUUCAACAUCUAGAAGUUCAAAUGAUUUUGAAGGCGAUAAUGAAUUUGGUUCUUUAUCUGGUGAUAAUUCUUCUACAAAACAUAUGAAAGUUGAAGAUGUUAAAAAUUUAGCAAAUAAUUCUGAUUAUGAGAAAAAAAAUUAA